CUCUGCUGGCGACAAAACGCGCACCUGUUUUAACUGUGCCAUUUCUUUGUUGAGAUAGCGUUGGUAGGUCUCCGACAAGAAAAUGGAAGGCCAGCAAAAGAGGACGUUAGAUGAAGCCGAACCAUCAUUAUUAGAAGGGGUUAAGGCUCUAAUUGUAGACAUAGAAGGAACGACAACGCCUAUAGGAUUUGUCAAGGAAACACUUUUCCCGUAUGUAGAAGAAAAUCUGGAGAGCUUUCUGACUAAGAGAUAUGAUGAAGAUGAAACCAAAGCAGACAUUGCUGCACUUCAAGAGCUGGCUAUAAAAGAAAAGGCUGAUGAUCAGGAAGGAGUGAUAGAAAUUCCUAAGGAAGGCUCAAAAGAAGAGAUCAUUAAGGCAGUGGUAGCAAAUGUCAAAUGGCAGAUGGACUCAGACAGGAAGACCACAGCUCUCAAACAACUGCAGGGGCACAUCUGGAGGGAGGGGUACAAGACGGGGAAAAUUAAGGCUGAACUGUUUGAAGAUGUGGGUCCAGCCUUACAACAGAUUGUAGAAGAGGGGAUCAAUGUUUAUGUGUACUCCUCGGGGAGUGUCGAGGCCCAGAAACUGUUGUUUGGGAACACAGAGGAGGGGGACCUACUAGAGCUCUUUACAGAUUUUUUUGACACAACAAUUGGUAGUAAAAAGGACUCGGCCAGUUAUAAAAAGAUAGCAGAGAAAAUUGAUGUAAAUCCAGAGGAGAUCUUGUUCCUAACAGACAUGCCAGAUGAGGCCACAGCAGCCACUCAAGCAGGACUCAGAAGUGCAUUAGUGGCGCGUGACGGAAACGAAGAGUUGACGGAGGAACACUUCCAGAACUUCCUGGUCAUCGAGUCGUUCGGAGAAUUGUUUGGUGAUGAUGAUGAGGACUAUAAACGUUUAGAAGGUGAAGACAAUGGCGAGGUGGAUGAUGAUGAAGAGGAGGAGGAGGAUCUCGGGGAGGAGGAGGAGGAGCCAGAGGAUGAGGACGACGAUGAUGAAGAUGACGCUUAGGCAAUGACUGGUCUGAUGGUCACUAUACAUGGGCAAGUGCAAACAGAGAUACGUGUCAGGUUCCCACUCCUUCAGAUGUGUAGAAGUGUGUGUGUAUUGUAAAUUUGUAGAAUGACUGUGUCCUCCUCAGGGCCAAAUGCUGCUGUUUAAUCGGGCUAUUCCUUUAAGACAAGUGUUCAUGUGUGAAGCACAGUGUGUACAUGUCAGUUAUUAAAAGAGGUGAAAAGAGGGGUGUUACAAUUUUGUCUUUAUGGAAUAGUCAGAUAUGAUUGUAAAACCAAUUUUUCUUUUUUCUAGUACUACAUUUACCUGAAAAAUGGUGUACAGUUGAUAGAAUGAAUGAUGAAGUUCUAUUCAUCUUUGAUUUAUUGUCAUUUCAUUGCUUUGUUAAGUAUAUGGUAAACAAGUAAAGUUUCAAUGUGUUACUAGUUAUCCAAAGUACUGUGGUUUAUAUGUGAAAAGGCAGCAAUGAGACGUGUUAUAUUAAAUGUUGUAAGAAUUAAAUGCUUUUAUAAUUUAUGUGUUAAAAGCAACUGUGUUAAUUGUUAAUACAUGCAAAAAUCGACAAAACCAUGUUCACAUGUGUACCUUUCAUAUGAAAUGUAAAGCAAAUCACAAAUGAAUGAAAAUGUAAAUUGUCUCUGAACAUAUUACUGCUAAAUCCAAGCAGAUAAUAUGAUCAUGUGGAAUUAAAAAGUAGAUGAGUGAGUUGUUUUGUAUUGUCUGGAUACCAAUAUAUCAGAUUUUGUUAGUUCAUUAUAAUUUUUUUUAGUUUUGGAAAAUUUGCUGUACAAUUUAUUUUGCUUUUACUUUUUUAUACAGAUAUUAAAUGGCAAAUUUUGAUAAUGUGCUUAACUUUUGACUACUUUUAUUACAUGUAAUUAGUACUUUAUUAAUGAAAAGAAAUGUUGCAAUGAAAUCAUUUUUACAGAAUAUUUUAAAUCUCAUAUCAAUUACAGCAAUGUUUCCCACCCAUUUUAUCAGAAUAAAUAAUUGUAGAUUAUAGAAA